UUGGCUGGCGGCGGCGCGGCGGCGGCGCGGCCCGGAGGCGGCGGCGUUUCCUAGCAGCGGGCGCCGCCAUGGCGCCGCGGCGCGGCGGGCCGGUGGGGUACGCGCUGCUGUGCGGGCAGGCCGCGCUGCUGCUCGGCAACCUGCUGCUGCUGCAGGGCGCCUCCCGCGGCCUCCCCCACAACGGCACCGAGCCCGAGGAGCCCGGCCCGGGCCCGCCCGCCGCCUCCUGGGCCUACACCGACCCGCAGGCGCCGCUCGUCCUCUGCACCUACCUCCCGGAGGAGUUCGUGGAGUGCGAGGAGCCGGUGGACCACGGCGGGAACGCCACGGCGCAGCAGGAGCUGGGCCACGGCUGCGUGAAGUUCGGCGGACAGGCCUACGGCGAGGUGGAGCACACGCGGGUGCAGUGCCGGGCGCUGGACGGCAUCGAGUGCGCCGAGCCGCGGAGCUUCCUGCGGGGCAGCCGGCCCUGCGUCAAGUACACUGGACACUACUUCAUAACCACUCUGCUCUACUCGUUUUUCCUGGGAUGCUUUGGAGUGGAUCGAUUCUGCCUGGGCCACACCGGGACCGCCGUGGGGAAGCUGCUGACUCUGGGAGGCCUGGGCAUCUGGUGGUUUGUGGACCUGAUUCUCCUCAUCACCGGCGGGCUGAUGCCCAGCGACGGCAGCAACUGGUGCACCGUGUACUGAGGGGAGCGCAGCCCACCCGACGGAGGCCGUCAGCGUCCGCAGGACCGGGGCCGGACUCCUGCGCUUGUCCCGCGGCAUCGGAACAGACUCCUGCUUUGCACAAACAUGGAUUUACAGAGCUGUAACUUCAUGUGCAGAACAAUUAUUCCUCUGUACAAACCUUGGACACAAAAUUGUUCAGUAUAUAUUUUCCUUGUUUAAAAUAAUAUGAAUUGCCUCCCCCCUGGCAAGUGGUAACAGUUUAAGAAAUCAAACCCUGCAACCACAGGGGGUCAAACAAAGCUUAAUAAAUUCUGGAAGGAGCCGAUUCCAGUUAC